UUAUGGGGCCCCCGGGCAAUAGGGGAUCAUGGGGCCCUUGUGUCCUUGCCCAAACUCAAAAAAGCCUAUGAAAAAGGUACCAGGGGCAUCUCAUGGGGCCCCCUACUGACCCUGGGCCCUCGGGCAGUGCCCGAGUUUCCGAAUGGUCAGUCCGCCCCUGAUCCCCUAUGAAAAGGCACCAGGGGCAUCUAAUGGAGCCCCCUACUGACCAAGGGCCCUCGGCCACUGCCCGAGUUCCCAAAUGGUCAGUCCGCCCCUGGUUGGAAUACAAUGGUCAUGUAUCUUUGUACAAUAACUACAUCAG